GAGCGGAUUUUCCCACGAAGGCGCCUUCAGUGAGGACAUCGCCGACUCGGGAGGGUGGGUUUUAUAAAAUCUUCGUCCGUUUCGAUGGGGCGAGUUAGUUGCAACCGUGUCCUUUUGCCGAACGGAGCAUGAAAAUUUGUCGCGAUCGGGUCCGUGUACGCGUUGCGGUAGUGUUUUGAACAUUUUCCCUUUUGACAGUGCUGGGCUUGAGAGUUUGGGGUUGGAAAAUCUCGCGAUGAAUGGUGAAUUCUUGUGAAUUGUUGAUUUAGUGUGGUUUUCUCGGGAUUUGAAAGGAUUCCUGGAGAUAAAUAACGAGCUACUGGAGGGCUCGUGUGGUUGAACGAGUUAUUAGUAAUCGGCAGUGUGACUAUUCUGAUGAUUCUGGUUGGGUGAACUUGUGAGUUUUCCACGACUUCCGUGCGAAGAUGAAAUGUGCAAAAGAGCAUCCUGCUGGUGAAAAGCUGAUGAUGGUUGAUCGGGAGUCUUAGUGAAAAAUUCAAGCUUUGACUUGAGAUGUACGUGUAAGCAGUGAGCGAAGUACUCCUUAAGACAAGUGAAGCUUGGUGAAGAUUUUCCGUAGAAUCAGCUGGCGAAGGCAGCCGUUCGAUAUCGUUGGUGCGUAUGAAUACCAGCCAACAUCGAGACAGAGAAGCAACAGAAAAAUAACAACCAACACCAGGCGCUUGGCCAAAUGAAAGGAAAGCUUUCAUCCCACUUGGUGUGGCACCGCGCGCCUUCCGGGUUUUGUCACCACACUAGUAGCACACACCACACUGCUGCUGAAUAGAAGAAACAUCUCUCGUUCGUCGGUCGUCCAAAAGACAAAUCCAAGCACCAGCCACCCACCCCCUCUCAACACCUCCCGCGCCCCUCUCAUCAAGGAUUGUGCGAAUAUUUUUGUUUGAAUAGAAGUGUGCGAGGAUUUUCUUCUUUCCCAGCGAGCAGCAGCUGCCGAUACGACGAGAGGCCGCAGGACGAAAGCAGUGAAGCAUGAGUGGGGGGAAAAGUCUUCGUCGCUCUACUAUAAUAACAUGGAAAACAUUUUGAUGAUCUGACUUCAAAAAAAGCAUUGGGGAAGUUUUUCCUAAAACACUCACACAAAGAGACAGUUGUCGCUUUCUUUCGGACAUCGGUCGUCCCCCCAACCAAGGCCGGGUGAAACUACGCAGAAGAACGCAGAGGAAAGACGCUCGCCGGUCACACUCCACCUCCUCUUAUUGGUAAAAUAACUGCCAAGAGGAAUCGAGAAACAUUUGGGACCAAAAAGGCCGAAAUAGCACCACAGCAGAGCACCGGAAACGGGCUCAAGUCGUAUUGUCGUGUCUUCAUCUUCGCCCUCCUCGACAAGAGCGAGGGACGACGUCGGAAAAGCCCGCCAGUAAAGCCCAAAAGCUGGUGGAAUUCCAGACUGGGAAGAUUAGGUCCGGACGAAAUUUAUUUUUUAUUUCUCCGCAAGGACCGAAAAUCGUUGGAACGAAACGGGAGGCAUUUCGGGUGCCGUUGCUUCCUGAAACGAGUUUCCGGAGAAUGUUGACCCGCCGCGGCAAUGAUGGUGGUCAAGUAUAGGAAGCAGCCGAGUUUGGAAUGCCAGCAGUGGCGAAAAAUUUUUCAUAAAUAGUUUUGCGUCGUUCGAGCAGCGGAAUUAAAAACUACGCGCGAGAGAGAUUUUCCGGUUCGGGGUCGCGUAAAAUCGAGAAAAGCGUUGGAGGCGACGGCAAAGAGCGUGAAAAAUAAAGCAAAAUUCAAUUUGGUGCGAGUUUGAAGUUAAUUGAGUGUUACAGCUACGGGGCCGGGUUGUUCCAAGUGAGGAAGAAAAAAUUGCGAGAUAUUAAAUCCGCGUGGAAGAGAGUAGUAUAAUAUAGUGAAACAAUGUGUUUAAACGAGGAGCGGCUCCAUGCAUGAUAUGUCGAGCCGGGUACCGGGUGUACAGAGGCAAAAAAUAGCAUAGAAAAGUUUUGCGCGCAUUCGUGUUUGAGUUACGUAUCCUGUGUGUGUGAUAUGAGUUGCUGCUCCCUCAAGGAGAGCUCCGGUCGACUACAGUUUUUGCUACACUUACGACGCAGACGACGCAUCUAGCAGCAAUGGCUCAGCGGCACAACAAAAACAGCAUGGAUUAUAUAAGCCUCAGUUGCUGUUCGCUGGCGUUCAUCCUGUAUGUCAACACACUCAGCGCUGGAUUCGUUUAUGAUGAUAGGCGAGCCAUCCUCGGUAAUCCGGACGUCCUCGGUUCGACCGGCUGGUACCAGAUGCUGCACCACGACUUCUGGGGCACACCGCUGACCGAUUCCGGCUCGCACGGCUCGUACCGUCCGCUGUGUGUGGCCAGCUUCAAAAUCAACUACCUGCUCGAUGGUUUCAAACCGCUGGGGUAUCAUCUGGUGAAUGUGCUGCUGCACUGCCUGGCCACGGGGCUGGUCGUCCGAUUGGCACGGCACAUUAUCCUGUCGCGGUACGGGGUGGCCAUUGCCGGGCUGCUCUUUGCGGCACAUCCGAUCCACACGGAAGCCGUGGCCGGAGUGGUCGGCCGGGCGGAUCUGACCGCGUGUGUCUUCUACCUGCUGGCACUGCUCGCCUACAUCCGGCACAUUCACUGGCGGCAGAGCUGCGACCUGCGUCACUGGCUAGCGCUGGGGCUUACGAUUCUGCUGGCGGCGGCCGCUGUCCUAUGCAAAGAAACUGCCGUGACAGCUUUAGUGGUUUGUGCAAUUUAUGACAUCAUAAAAGGAUACGCCGGUUCCAGAGAUAAGCAUCGCUUCCGCAGCGUGGGCAUCCUGGCGCUGGCCUUGGGCUCCAUCAUGCACGUUCGCCUGUCGCUACCUCAGCCGGUGGUGCCGUUCUCGUCGGCGGACAACCCGACGGCGAAAAUCGGUUCCAGCUGGACCCGGUUCCUUACGUUCGCCUACCUGCCGGUGUUCAAUUUCCGGCUGCUACUGUAUCCGGACGUGCUGAGCUUCGACUGGGGCAUGGAUGCAAUCCCCCGGAUCAGCAGCCUGUUCGAUGGAAAGAACGUGCUUUCGGCGAUGUUCUACGGCACUCUAGCCGGGGCCCUGUGGAUCAACGUGCAAACACUGCUCCGGCAGAGUGUACCCAAUGUAAAUAGUAGCUUCAGUAGAAAACUAGCUAGCCGACUGGUAAUGGCCCGGUCCGGAGUGGGUCGAGAUGAGGACUCGUGCAGACAGUGCAAGCACGAAUUCGGGAUGCACCACUCCAAUCAGUGCCGGGCCAUGCACAACAACAACAAUAUGUCUUCGAUCAUUUGCGGAUGCGUGUAUCCGUCGUGUAAAUAUUUAUCACUAUCGCCUUCAUCUUUGACCACUUAUCUCCAUCGAAUGGACGACCAAAAGCUCACGGCCCCGGCUGCCGCUGGCAAUGGCUAUUGGGCGCACAAAAAGCAUCUCUGUUGGAACAGAGAUAAACACGCGUCCAACGGAUUCAGCAGCGACCAUCUCCCGUUCAGCAUAGCUAGAACAUCAUCGUCCUCAUCCUCCUCGUCGUCUUCUACAUCAUCGUCUGCUUCAGUGUCAUCUUCCUCGUCGUCAUCGUCGACCUCGUCGUCGGCUUCGUCCGUGUCCUCGCUAUCGUAUGACGAUGCGACUGCCAAAUUCAAUUCCUCCGCAGCGAUCCUAAUCUCCACUUCCCUGCUAAUCCUGCCCUUCCUCCCUGCGACCAACCUCCUCUUCUACGUUGGCUUCGUUGUGGCCGAGCGUAUCCUCUACCUCCCCAGUGUUGGCUACUGCCUGCUGAUUGGUUUGGGGGUCGGAAAACUUAUCGACGGAAAACCCCAAGGCCCGGCCAUCGUCGGUUCGACCAGCUCCCGUCGCAGUGGUAAUAGUGGUGGCUUACGAGCCACGAAGAGCAGCAGCAAAAGUUUCAGCAGUAGUGAUGGUGAUAGAUAUAAGUACCGUGCCAAUGGCAGCACAGGUCAAAGUGCGAAACAUCAUAAAAGUCAUUCCUCCAAUCCCACCUCAUCGUCAUCCGUCGUCGGCAUCGGUGGCAGCAGCUCCGGUGCCGCGAGGAAAAGUGCCAAUAAUAGUGGGGGUGGUGGUGGGGCCGGGUCGCUGGAAGCAAGAAGAGCCGGUAGAAUCCGUAGUGGAAAUAGUAGUGGCGGUGGUGGUGGUAGUAGUAGUGAUUAUCAACAGCGUAAGCGACAAAUCAUUCUGGGGUGCUUCGGUGCCCUGCUGCUGGCUUACAGUGGGAAAACUUUGCUGCGCAAUCUGGACUGGCAGGACGAGGAGAGUCUGUUCCGGAGUGCGAUCGGCGUCAACCCACCGAAAGCACUCGGAAAUCUUGGAAGUGUCCUUAGCGCACAAGGCCGCCAUCAGGAAGCCAAGGAGGCACUGAAGGCGGCCCUCAGCUACCGCCCCAACAUGGCGGAUGUACAUUACAACCUAGGAAUUUUACUACAAAAUCAACAAGACUAUGAAGAGGCUGUGGACAGCUUUCGAAAAGCUAUUCAGUUUCGGCCAUCCCUGGCAUUGGCCUACCUCAACCUGGGAACAUCGCUGAUAGCGCUGGGCCGUUGCCAGGAAGCGGCCAGCGUCCUGCGGGAGGGCUCCAAGCUGGACGGAGUCGGCCUGCGCGAUCGGGCAGCCCAUGACAACGCCCGGAUAAGUGCCCUACUGCAGCUCGGUAACCUGUAUGCGGACCAGGGCAAGCUGCAGCGAGCUCUCGCAGUCUACCGGGAGGCGUUGCACAUACUGCCCGAUCGCUACCCACCACAGGGAAUCUAUCACCGGCUAGGGGAAGUUUUUGCCCGGCUCAACCAGUGGUCGGAAGCGGAGCGAUUCCAGCGGGCAGCAUUGGAGGCUCAACCGGACCACAUAGCGGCGCACCUAUCCUACGGGUCGAUGCUGGCGAGGAAUAGCAGCCGAACUUCGGAAGCUGAGCAGUGGUUUAAGCGGGCCCUACGGUUAGCGCCUGCGGACGCCAGCGUACAUCAUCACUACGCGGAGUUCCUCGCCUCCGUCCGCCGCACGACCGAAGCCUGCCAGUACCGCGUAAAGGCAGCCGAGUUGGCCCCGGAUGAUUACUCCCUGGUGACGGCCGCAGCCUCAGCACUCCGUUUGCUCGACCGAAAGGUCGAAGCGGAACGGUGGUACCGACAGGCCGUCAAUCUACGCCCGGACGAGGCACGCUCGCACACGAAUCUCGGCGCCAUUCUUCAUCUGCUGGGACGGCCCCAGGAGGCCGCAAUCAGCUACAAGGAAGCCCUCCGGCUGCAGCCGAACGAUCUGACGACGCUGACCAACCUGGCCAAGCUGGGGAUAACGGAAAUUUCCUGAAAUACGCCCCCUCCUCAGCAGCGGCCGUUGCUGGCGGAAC